UCUCUCUCUCUCUCUCUCUCUCUCUACCAUGUACUCCUUUCCUUCCACUAACCAUUGUCUCCACUCAGCAGAGCAGUCAAGAUCAGAAAAGGAAUCUCCUUCUCUAUCCAUUUGAAGCAGAAACUCCAUGAAUUCAUCAUAUCUGAUCUUGUAAUCAUCUCCUGUGAUUCCAACUCUUGCUUCUCAGAAUCCUUAAGUACACACAGAAAGAGAGACAGAGGGACAGAGAGAGAGAGAUCGUACUCAUAUUGAUAUUAUCUCAACAUGUCAGCCGCCAUAGCCGCCGCAGCAGCCGUGGCGUUGAGAAGUCAGCGCAACUCCAUGGGCACGACCUCCGCCCCUGUCGCCGCAAGAUCCGAUCUCCACCAGUCGUUCAUGUAUCCUCCGCCGAUGAUGCUGCUGCCGCCCGCCGUGAGCCGCUACGAGUCGCAGAAGCGGCGUGACUGGAGCGCGUUCCAGCAGUACCUGCGCGACCACCGACCGCCGCUGGUGCUGUCGCGGUGCAGCGGGGCGCACGUGCUCGAGUUCCUCAAGUACCUGGACCAGUUCGGGAAGACCAAGGUCCACGCCGAGGGCUGCCCCUUGUUCGGGUGCCCGCAGCCGUCGCCGGCGUGCCCGUGCCCGCUGCGGCAGGCCUGGGGCAGCCUCGACGCGCUCGUGGGGCGGCUCCGGGCCGCCUUCGAGGAGAGCGGCGGGGACCCAGAGACGAACCCGUUCGGCACGCGGGCGGUGAGGCUGUACCUGAGGGAGGUGAGGGAUGCGCAGGCCAAGGCCAGAGGGAUCGUUUACGAGAAGAAGAAGCGGAAGAAGCAAUACGAAGAGCCGAGGCCGGACGCAAUGAUGUUUCAGCACUAACGAUUACAAGAAUAAUCAAUUUGAGUGCUUUGAUUGAUUGAUGCUAGAGAGAAUUUUCAGGAGUGGUCAACUUGAUGUGGCCUUUCUUUGCUGGUUUUGUGUAGCUAUUACUAAAUGGAUCGCGCACGAUACAUCGUUUGGUAUCUCGAUGAAUUUCGACCAUUGAUUUUUGUCAUCGAGGUAUCGAGCGAUCGCCGUCAGAGAUAGAGGAUCGUCGUCCGAAUUUGCCCGCCGGAGAUUGAUGUGCAACAUUUAGAAUGUGUGUGUAUGGUUAGGAAGAUGGAGUAAUUUAAUGUGUUUGGCACCCUA